UUCGUUUCGUUCAAGGAAAACAACAACGGCGACGUGAAGAAGAGAGACAGUUUUUCUUUUAAUUAUUUUUAUUUGUCAAUUUCAGUGGUGAUGAUGAUAGCGACGUCUGUCGGAGCUCGGAAAUUCGCGGCCGUGGCCGUUUCUAAGUCCGCCACUUGGAGGUCUCGGAGGAGAAAAGAUCCGGUGAGUACGAAAAUGGCGGUUUCGAAUAAUCAACGGUUGAUUUCAUUGGAGGUGAGUGGUAGCGGAGCGGCGAGGGAGAGUUACGUGGCGGUUAAUGAAGAUUUCGCCGAUGAAGAAGAUUACGUAAAAGCCGGCGGAUCUCAACUUCUCUUCGUUCAAAUGCAACAGCAUAAGGAAAUGGAUGAGCAAUCGAAGUUAGCGGACAAGUUACCACCAAUAUCAAUCGGAGAUAAUAUACUAGACCUAGUGGUCAUUGGCAGUGGACCAGCUGGUCUUGCCCUUGCUGCAGAGUCAGCUAAGUUGGGUUUAAAUGUUGGACUAAUAAGCCCUGAUCUUCCUUUCACCAAUAAUUAUGGAUUGUGGGAGGAUGAGAUUAAAGAUCUUGGACUCGAAAAGUGUAUGGAGCAUGUUUGGCCGAAUACAAUAGUAUACCUCGAUGAUGAUAAGCCCAUCACCAUUGGUCGUGCUUAUGGACGUGUCGAUCGACGUUUGCUCCAUGAGGAGUUGUUGAAGAGGUGUGUCGAAUCAGGCGUAAUGUAUCUUAGCUCAAAGGUUGAAUCAAUUGUCGAAGCUACCGAUGGUCAUAAUCUCGUAGCCUGCGAAUACGAGCAUGUUGUUCCUUGCAGGCUUGUUGUUGUUGCUUCAGGAGCAGCUUCUGGUAAAUUAUUGCAAUAUGAGGUGGGAGGUCCAAGGGUCGUCAUGCAAUCCGCGUACGGAAUCGAGGUUGAGGUGGAGAACAAUCCUUAUGAUCCUAGCAUGAUGGUAUUCAUGGAUUAUAGAGACUAUGCUAAAGAACAAGUUCCAUGUUUAGGAGAUCAGUAUCCUUCAUUCCUUUAUGGCAUGCCCAUGUCAUCAACAAGAGUUUUCUUUGAGGAAACUUGUUUGGCUUUAAAAGAGGCCAUGCCUAUGGAUUUCUUGAAGAAGAAGCUAAUGUCAAGGUUACUGGCCAUGGGAAUCCGGAUUGUAAAAGUUUACGAAGAGGAGUGGUCUUAUGUUCCGCUCGGCGGUUCCUUGCCGAACAUGAAACAGAAGAACCUUGCAUUCGGUGCUGCCGCAAGCAUGGUGCAUCCUGCUACUGGUUAUUCAAUUGCCAGAUCAUUAUCUGAGGCUCCGAGAUACGCUUCCGUGAUUGCGAAAAUCCUAAAGAGAGAUUAUUCGAAAGGCUUUCUUACUUUUGAAAGAAAUAAUUGGAAUAUGUCAAUUGAAGCUUGGAAUACUCUUUGGCCACAAGAAAGGAAACGGCAAAGGUCAUUCUUUCUCUUUGGGUUAGCACUCCUAUUGCAGCUGGAUACCGAAGGCAGCCGAACAUUCUUCCGCAUAUUCUUCCGUUUGCCAAGUUGGAUGUGGCAAGGGUUUCUCGGUUCGACUCUUUCUUCGAUCGAUCUCGUCGUAUUUGCCUUUUCUAUGUUCGUUAUAGCACCAAUGGAUAUGAAAAUGUUGCUUAUUAGGCACUUGCUCAAGGAUCCAACUGCAACAACUAUGAUAACCCAAUGAUUGAUUUGAGCUUGUGCAAGGAGAUGAUUAACGCCAAACAUCAACAAGGACUUCAACUAUUAUAGAGGUCAUAACAUAGGUACUUGUGUGUUGUGAAACUGACCUCUUAUCACCUCGAGAAAAUGAACUUCACCAAAACUCAACUUGGAAGUAACCUAUUGUGGAAGUCGCAACACUAAGCUUCAAAGUUGCAAUUCAAAGCCCUUAAGGUUGUGACUCUAAGCCCAACAACUGAAGUUAUUAAAACCAAUGGUCUAUUAUCCUGGUCGCGCCACUAGCAAAUGUGUGCCACGACAUUAAGAGCCUUCCAUGACCCCUUCGUGCCAACUACCAUGGGUGUCGCGACAUUGAAGUCUGAAGAUUGAAAAAACUGUAAGGGUAAUUUUGUAUCCAAGCAAGCUUAAGUCAUCGCAUUUUUAAAAGGCAUUUUUGUCAAUAUUAAGGUUAGAAAAUCAAAGUAUUUAAAGCCUUUUUAUGACACAAAAAUUCGGACAUCCAUUAUCUAUCAUCGUUCUUUUAUUCCUUCAAUCAUUUUAGAUUCCUAGGGUUUUUUUCUUUUCUAGC